GCCUCUGACAAUUUGCAAACUGGUAAAUCGAAAGCAAGUUGUCGCGGAAAACAUUACUUCUCUGCAGUUAAUCCUGGUCCUCUUGAAGUUCUUGAGAGAAAUGACAAACCAGAUUCCCUUUAGACGAAGUGAACUUGUUGUCCUGGAAUCAUUGAUAUGCAUUUUACUUCUUAUUCUGUCGUUCGUUGGCAAUGCGAUGGUCAUUACUGUAGUAUUCAAAAAGCCCCGCCUAAGCACCACAACUAGCUUGUUCAUCGCCGCUUUGGCGACAACAGAUUUAAUAAAUGCUCUCGUUCCUGGGCCACUGUUCUUGUCUUCUCUUAUCACCGGGAAGAUGCCAUACAGUUCUACAGGCUGCGCCAUCAGUGGGUUUUUCAUGCAGUUCUUGACCUUGGCUUCGGUUAGUACCAUGGACUUAAUCGCUGUCAAUCGCUACUUCUGUGUAGUAAAGCCAAACAUCUACAAAAGAAUCUUCACAAGCAAACGCUCCGCGAUCUUCCUGGCUUCGUUGUGGAUAUUUAUAGCAAUGGUUAUUUUAUUUCCGUUAAUUUUAGGUUGGGCCAGUAUGGACUUUAGUUCCCAAAUGGCCUCGUGCAGUUUGCAUUUUAACUCUUUGACCUCUGAGACUGGAUUUACCGUUUUUGUCAUGGUGUCAUUCGUAGUUACCAGUUUUGUCAUCGUGGCGCUUUCUUACUACUUUGUCUCAAAGUCUCUCCGCCAACACAGGGAUCAUUUGUCCAACAACAGUGGUUUGAGUGCACAGGAGAUCAAUCUCACGAAGACUUUCUUCGUCUUAGUUGUUUCCUUUAUCGUUCUGUGGUUGCCAACGUUUGUUGUCGUUAUUUUAUUUCGUGGUGUGCUCCGAAAAACUCUGCCUCGGCAGCUUGCCCUUGCCAUUCCGUACGGCUUGCUCGCCAACAGUGCUGUGAACCCGUGGAUUUACGGCGCUAUGAAUCCAUCUUUUCGCAAAAAGUUUUUGUCGAUAUUGAAGAGAUCAGAGGCACCAAAUCGGGUUUUACCUGCCGAAAACGCUGUAAGUUCUUAUCUGGGCAUUUCUCGAGGUGUCCCCUUGCAGAUCAUCGAAGAAUUGGAGUAACCAGGAGAAAGCGCGGGGACAAUUAGAACUAUAACCCCACAGAAACUUACUCACAAGAUUUCAGAAAUUUAAAAAAAGCGUGUUAAUAAAUUCGGAGUUUGAAGAGGAAUAUUUUAUCCACGGCUAUUCAUUAUUCCUAGUCUGCUAUUCGCAAAAACAUUCAUGAAUAAUUCUUGGAUUGAUAAUCACUAAGAUGACUUACUCUUACUGGGUUUUAAAAUUGAAAAAUUCAAUAUUUCUUGGGAUUUUAGUGCGGUACGUAUAACCACUAUGAACAUCUCCAUGUCGGCGAUCAAUGCAAAUUAUCAAAGGUAAAAGGACCUUGUUAAAUAGAAAAAAGGAAUCUAGCGCUGAAAAAUAAAAGGUUGAAAGCGACUGAUGGAACAGCUGAAGGGACCAACAAUUAAGAAUUCAUUAACCAAUCACAGUGCGUUAUUGGCGGUUAAACAGCCCUUGAAGACAUGUGGACA